UUUUUGGGGAUUAUGCAGGGGACUCCUUGCUGUAUGGAAGUAGAUACUGAAGCGCCAUCCAUGACAGUGGCAUCAAAGGGGAAUCUUGGCUCUGCUGGUAUUAAGGACACUUGGCAUCACAUGUAUGGGAAGCGGUGAGUGGGACAACUGCCCAGCAGAGCUGAUCACUGAGCUGGAGGGGCUGCUGCUGCUGGGUGCCUUUUGUAGCUCCGAUGCACAACUAAAGAGCACUGCCAGCAAAUGCAGCUGCCAAAUCAGCACUGCCUGCAUGGAGCCUCGCUAUCACUGCAGAGAAAGACUGCGAGCACAAAGGAAAACCUAUAGCUCCAGGCUGACAUACAGCAGCACGAGCACCGACCCGCCCCCAGCUGCUGCGAGCCGCCGUCGGUACAGCCCUUUCCGCCGUCGGAACGCAUGCGUGCAAGGAGACGGAGCGUUACUUACCCGAACAAUAACACGUGGUGAGAAGUCAAGCCCCAAGGAAUUGUUAAGAAGAAAUAUACCCAAAGGAUAACGUCUAUCAUGCUGCGGUUUGGCCAGCACCUCAUCAAGCCAUCUGUGGUCUUCCUGAAAACUGAGCUCUCUUAUGCUCUCGUGAACCGCAAGCCGGUGGUCCCAGGCCGUAUCCUUUUAACCAGUGCCUUGACCAUGGGUACCUGCACUCCUGGGAGAAGCAGGGAAGCUUGGUAUGCUCUUCAGGCCAGGUUUGUCCACAUCUUGAACAUUAGUCUUCAACACAGCCAUCAGAAUGUAAUAUGCAGCACACACAGGGUUAACAGCCUGGAGCUUCAGCUUCAGGGUCGAGAUCCUUCUCUGAGCCAAGAUAAUUGGAUUGCUACUGUCUCAAAAGGGCUCUUAAAGCAAAAAGGCAAUUUAGAUGUGUCUGUUUAAAAACAAAUUACAGAAUCCAGUAUAUCUUGAUGCCACAUUGAAUUCAAUGAACCCGUGUCCUGAAGGCUGUUAUGUUUCAGUAUUUUGAUCUGGUUUUGUUACGUACGUGCAUCCUGUGUUUAGCUGGAUCCAGUCUUCUUUGGAACUUGAAUUUGUCAUGUCCUUAUUUUGUAGAUUCAUCCCAUCUUGAGGGGUCAGUCUUCUUUGCUGUCCUUCAGGGACUUUCAUGUCUUUCACAGUGAAUUCAACUAACAAUAAUUUGCUUUGAUCUAAAAGGCUGUUUUCCAAUCUUACACGACUUGCUUUCUUUAGUUUGCCUUGCUGCCCUACCAUGUAUCCAAGUAGAAGGUUCAGAUACUUACAAGACUAUUUUCAUUAUUGUUUGUUUCAAAAUGAAUUUUUGAGUAAUUCCUUCAGUAAAAUAGAAUAAGAAAGAUUUAAUCACAUUCCUUGCUUUGAUGUAUAUAUGGCAUAAGGACUGCUUCAUUUUGAUACUAGUGUUUGAAUUAAAUUUUUUUUAUUAUUUUUUUUAGUCUCAAGAAAAUGUUGAAUGUUCAGUACUGUAGAGCUGUGCAUUGUAAUCAUAAAAAAAAAAAUUGGAAAGAUUGUGCUUGUAGCAUUCUCAUAAACACCUCUGUAGUCUAGUUUCAGCUUUAAAGCAAAUACUGUUAUAAUGGCACAUGUAGUUCUGCUCCCAAUGUAGUAAAUUCUAAUGAAAUCAAUAAAAGCAUAAAGACAGAAUUAGUAGCUAACUCAAAUGUCUCCAUGAGAAUGUAAAGUCUGUCUUAUCUGUAAGAAGCUGAUGGCCAUAAAAUGAAAUGUAUUUAAAUACACUGCUAAAGAUAAUUAAAAUAUCAUAGAGGACCAAAGCACUUCAGCUGUAGAUAUUCAUUAAAUUGACCAUUAAUAACUUGUUAAAUAAAGGAAUAUUACUGUGUUCAUAAAUUUUGUAUGCAGAUUUUAUUAAGCUGGCAUGUUAUGUGGAUUGAUUCCCUGACAUCCCCUGGCUGAGGCUGUAUAGAUAAUAGUGUGUUGUUCGAGUUUUCUAUAAUCCAGGAAUUCUGACUGACAUUUUCUAGCUGGAAAUUACAUUUUUUGUUCUGGGUAGUAAUUCUUGCAACCAGUCGGCAAUCAAAAAACAUAAUUAUGGUGUUGUGAUUGGAAUGGCCUUAUUGUUAUGUCAGCAUUUUUUCCCCACAGAUUUCUUUUUUCCAAGACUUAUAACUCAGGCAUAACAAUAUUUUAAGAGUUAACAACUACAAUUUUAAUGGUUUUUUACAUGCUGAUUAAUCUUCCUUCCAUUCUUUCCUUUUCUUAUUCAAAUAUGGGAUUUCAUUCUCCACACAGUAUUAUUAAUAUAUUAUUAACUCUGAAAUUAACCUAUCAGCCCCUUUAUUGGUAAAAAAACAAAACAAAACAAAAACCCAAAACCUAAAAUCUUUUAUGUAUUACUACUAAAACACUGUUAUAUUAUAGGGAAGAACAAGAGGAAACAAGUCAGAUUUUAUAGUGUUUUGUUUAUUAAAUAAGUGAGUAGACUGGCAGCAGUGGAGUUGGUAUCUAGACCAGUAAAGGGGAAUAAAGGAAAUGAGCAUGAUGGAGAUUCCAUAAGUUUUUAUAUAAAUCUAAAAUGUGUAGCCCCUUUUUAG